AGUUCUCCUCCCUAUAUGUACCCUUUUUUCUCAAACAGCUUCUGCCCACAUCCAUUUCUCUUCCUUCAAGCACAAAAAUGAAGAAUUUUCCAACCAUCAUUUUCUCCAUUAUGGUUCUUGUCGGAGCCUUCCCACAGCUGAUUUCAAGUCAAAACUGUGGCUGUGCACCAAACUUAUGCUGCAGCAAAUUCGGCUAUUGCGGCAACAGCAACGACUACUGUGGCCCCGGCUGCCAAUCCGGCCCUUGCACUUCUGCACCCAGCGGUGGUAAUAAUGGUGCUUCAGUUGCUGGUAUUGUCACAGACGCUUUCUUUAAUGGGAUUGCUAAUCAAGCUGCUUCGGGUUGUGCUGGAAAAGGGUUCUAUACUCGAUCGGCAUUUCUUGAAGCUCAGAAGUCGUAUUCUAAGUUUGGAACUUCUGGUUCUGCUGAUGAUUCUAAAAGGGAGGUUGCUGCUUUCUUUGCUCAUGUCACUCAUGAGACUGGACAUCUGUGCUAUAUAGAAGAGAUAAACGGCCCGUCCAGAAACUACUGUGACAAGAGCAACACUCAGUAUCCAUGUGUGCCAGGCAAGGGGUAUUACGGCCGCGGUCCACUACAAAUAUCAUGGAACUACAACUAUGGACCAGCAGGACAAAGCAUUGGGUUCAAUGGACUAAGUCAACCUGAACUUGUAGCCAGAGAUAACGUUAUUUCGUUCAAAACUGCCUUGUGGUUUUGGAUGAACAAUUGUCAUUCUCGUAUCAUUUCCGGCCAGGGUUUCGGGGCUACAAUUCGUGCCAUUAAUGGUCAGCUUGAAUGUGACGGUAAAAAUCCAAACACUGUUAGUGCUCGUGUUGGGUAUUAUACUCAAUAUUGUCGCCAACUGGGUGUCGAUCCUGGUCAGAAUCUCAGAUGCUAGGGUACUUCUGGAGAGCCGAAAGUGCUCGGUAUGUUGAGCUAUAAAGGCUUAAAACUGAUUGGAAAUUAAUAAAAAUUAGCAAAAGGUGUUUACCUUUCUUGCUCUUUACAAGCGAAAGUUGUUUAAGUUUUGAAAUCAUAUAAUUGAUUUUGUUGGUCUUGUUUCGAUUUCUUGGAGUAUUUACAAAUAGGCAUGUUCCAGUUUUGAUCCCUUGAUCA